AUGUUUGGUGUAUUCAGUGAACCAACCUAUCCAUUCCACAGUCGUGGUCCCAUGCGCGGACGCCACGCAGUAUACACAAUGAAUCCAUUCGACUUUGGCGAUGCAUUCGUAUUCCAGGAGCCUCCUCACCGCCGGUCUCACCGUGGUCACGGCCCUGGUUUUGCUGAAGCCAAUUGCCACGCGAGUGCAUCCAGUACUGACGGUAGCAGCAAUUGCCAAGGCCGCUGCCAUGCUAGACACCGUGGCCCUCCUUUUGCUGCUGCUGGCCCUCACCGCCGCCGCCACCACCAUCACCACCAUUAUCGCCACCGCAAGCCUACCCCUGAACCAGAGGAACCUAAACGUGCACACGUUGUAACUCCCUGGGGAACAUAUGUUUACUAUGUGAACGAUGAUGCGUCCGAUGCCGACACAGAAGCGGAACAGGACGAUGUUGCAGAGGCGACCCAAGCUAACGAGCAGCCAGACGACGACGAUGUCGACUUGGAGGUCGUUGAAGUCCCCGAUUCGCCAGACGUACACGAGCCUGCAGUCGAAGUACCUAAAUCACCCGAACUAGGACUGUCUGCUUCUGACGUUUCCGACGACGAGGUGCUCGAGGCCUUCCGCGAACUGAAGGCCCUCGUAGAGGCGCAGGAGGCUGCAGAGCGUGCAGCUGGGCAGGCCAGAGAAAAGGCCCGUGUUGCGAGAGAAAAGGCACGCGAGAGAAAAGAAGCUGAACGCCGCCGUCUUGAAGAAGCUGCCCGCGAAGAGGAGAUUCGCAAUGCAGCUAUCCAGGCAGCAUUGGAGGAGGCCCAGGCCGUCCAGGCCGCCCUGCAGGAAGAGGCCGAAGAAAAGGCUCGGGCGGAGGAGAAGCGGGCCCGUCGUGAAGCCCGCAAAUUGGAGAAACGCCAUCACAAGGAGGAACAGGCAGAGCUCAAAUCCAAGCAUGCCAAAACCGAAGUAUCCGCCGAGCCGUUUGAGGUUGUUGAAGAAGCUGAUCAGGCCGAAUCUGCAGAGUUGGAACAAACGUUUGCCAAAUAUUCCACGCUUCUUGAUGCAGUCGAGGAACGGGUCAACAGAAUAUCGAAUAUCGACCUCAAUGGCCGUAAGAAGACCCAGUCGUUUAUCUCCCUGGUCGAGUCAUACUACCCCAAGAUCGACAAAGUGUACUUGAAGCUCGACGAUCUCCGGGUGCCCAAAGAGUAUCGCAAGCAGAAGCACAACAUCACGGCUCGCGCAGUUGGAAUGGCCGAUCGGCUCGAUGCUCUGCUCGAAAAACUCAAGAAUACCAUUGCGACCCUCAACGAAGCCGAAGCAGAAAGCGACAGCUCCGUUUCAAGUGGCUCACACCGGUAUACAGUGACGCUUGAAGACGUCGACGAUUCAGAUUCAUCUUAG